UGAUCCUAAAUUCGUGUCCGAAUCGAAAACCCGAAAAAUGGAAAAAAAAAAAUGGAAAAAGAAAACCAAUCCCUUAUGAGAAUCUCUAUAGUAAUCGACUAAUGGUGUGGAGUAAGGAGAUUUUUUUAACGUGAAGAACAACAAAAAGGAGGGAGUAAAAUAAACAAAAAUUUCGCCUUCUCGAAGUUCGCGAUUACAGUGUAGUAGUGUCUUUUGAAGCAGGGUAACAUGAAGUCAUUUACUUGAUGGCUUUUUCAAAAGUCGAACAAACGUGAAACUUGAAAGAAACGAAUUAAUAAAAAGUCAAUUUAGAUUAUUUGAGUUUAAUUAACAAAUGGGUAUUUUCUUAUUUUGUGGGUUUCCUGAUCAAACGGUUCAUGAAUUUUUUUGUUUUUUGACUUACACUAGAUAUACGAGAAUGUGAUUGGGGAAAAGGAAACUGUAGUUAUUAAAAUGCAAACUGACAACAAAGAAAAAAUGAAAAAAAGGGGGGGGGGGGGCUGGGCUGUUUGAUUCUCAACUAAACAAUCCGAAAAAGCUUUUAGUCCUUUAUGUUGCAAUUAUUUAUUGCGUGAUUUUGAUUUUUUUUUUCUAUAUUUUUUUUGAGAAUUUUUAUUAGGUGAAAGGAAGAUGUGUCCUUUCGGGGUUUCUUAUUUGAGAUUUCUUUAUUAUUAGAGUCAAUCUUCUAAACUUAGGGUUUUUUUUUUUUUGUUCUUUGGGAGCGUUUACAUCCUAUUGUUUAUUGGGGAGUUUUCUCGGUAACCUCGUUUCUGGUAAAUUUGCUCAUUUGGGUUCCCGAUCCCCUUGAUAAUCUUAUCUGGGUCGGUGGGUAUUCUUCAAAUUUUGAAGUUUCCAGCUUUGGUAUUUUAGGGAUUUUGAAGUGUCUGCAAAUACAAAGGGAAGUUUGUUUUCGCUCUCUGGUGGAAUUUUGGAAAAUUUGGAGAUUUUUGAGAAGUGGGAUUUUUUAGUUAUCUGAUUUGCAGCAAGCUUUUUAGGGUUUUUAUUUUAUUUCAUUCUAGUGUUUUUGGGUUAUUUAGAUUUUUUAAAAGCAGGCAUUGGUGCCUUAUACUUAGUGGCAAGCCUGAGUCUUAUUGGUUCUGGCAUGUUUGCAUGAUGUUUAAUGCUCAAGGGUCUUCAAGGAACCAUUGCAGUCUCCUUGCAGUUCUUUGUAGUAGUAAAGUUUCUGAUAAUAAACUUAGGCAGCCAGUUUCUGAUCAUAAGCCCAGAUACCCAUUUCCAGAUAUUGUUUCUUCAGGGCGCCUUGAGGUUCAGCUUCUUAUCAAUCCUAGCAUUGAUGAGUUCCGGCGGGUUUUUGAAUCUACGGAGCCAAAUAUUGUUUACUUUCAAGGAGAGCAGAAUGCAGAUGAAGAUAUUGGCUCUCUGGUUUUGGGAGAUGUUGACUUGUCCACUCCAGAAGCCAUUUGCGGACUCUUUGGUUCCACAUUGCCCUCCACUGUUUAUUUAGAGACCCCCAAUGGUGACAGAUUGGCUGAGGCACUUCACUCCAAGGGAGUCCCUUAUGUUAUAUAUUGGAAAAAUUCAUUCUCGCGGUAUGCAGCUUGCCAUUUUCGUCAGGCACUGUUAUCAGUGAUUCAAAGUUCAUGUAGCCAUAUAUGGGAUGCAUUCCAAUUUGCCCAUGCUUCUUUUAGAUUGUACUGUUUGUGGAGCAACGAUAUUGCCUCUUCUGAUAAUCAGAAACAGAGUGUUAAGCCAGGACCAUGUUUACUUGGUGAGCCUCCCAAGAUUGAUGUUUCUCAAUCCGAGGUAGAUAUGCAAGAGGAAGAAGGCUCUCUUGAAAAUCUUCCUGCCAUUAAGAUAUAUGAUGAGCAUGUUACUAUGAGGUUUCUUGUUUGUGGAUCACCAGGCCUAUUGGAUGCAUUCCUAUUGGGGUCUCUGGAAGAUGGACUUAAUGCCCUCUUGAGCAUAGAAAUACGUGGAAGCAAACUUCAUAACCGUGCAAGUGCUCCACCACCACCUCUUCAGGCUGGGACAUUUUCUCGUGGUGUAAUGACCAUGCGUUGUGAUUUUUCAACCUGUAGUUCAGCUCACAUAUCAUUUCUAGUUUCCGGUAGUGCACAGACUUGUUUUAAUGAUCAGCUAUUGGAAAAUCAUAUAAAAAAUGAGCUUAUCGAGAAUAGUCAGCUUGUCCAUGCACAGUCGAGCUCUGAUGAAAGCAAAGUGCCUUCAUCUGAGCCUCGCAGAUCAGCCUCAAUUGCCUGUGGAGCAAGUGUGUUUGAAGUGUGCAUGAAGGUUCCUACAUGGGCUUCGCAGGUUUUGAGGCAACUUGCACCGGAUGUAUCCUACCGCAGCUUAGUUAUGCUGGGGAUUGCUAGUGUUCAAGGGUUGUCGGUUGCUUCUUUUGAAAAAGAUGAUGCAGAACGUCUGCUUUUCUUUUCCGUGAGGCAGGGCAAAGAUCCCCUCUGGGAUGGUUCUGUAAUUGCUAGAUCUCCCAACUGGUUGGUGCCUCCGGCACCUUGUCGUAAAAGAUCACAGCCAACUAAGGGCACUAAACCUCUAAACUGUACUAUCAUGGAAGGUUUAAAUGGUAAUGUAAGACUGAAACCAAAUGUUGCUGCUAUGAGGCCAAUUCCUCAUACCCAUCGUCAUAAGAUGCUUCCGUUUUCUGGAUUUUCCGAGGCUGAGAGAUAUGAUGGUGACCAAGGAAAGGUUAACUUGCCAAUAGUACCUGUGAAGCCACCUGCUCCUGUUACACAUCGGAAAGCAUUAUCAAAUUCUCAUCAGGCCCAGCAGAUUAUUUCUUUAAAUCCGUUACCUCUCAAGAAACAUGGUUGUGAUCGAGCCCCGAUACAGGUUUGCUCAGAGGAAGAGUUUCUGAGAGAUGUAAUGCAGUUUCUGAUAGUUCGGGGACAUACUCGUCUUGUUCCUCAAGGGGGGUUAGCUGAGUUUCCUGAUGCCAUUCUGAAUGCAAAGCGGCUUGACCUUUUCAACUUGUAUAGAGAGGUGGUGUCAAGAGGAGGCUUUCAUGUUGGGAAUGGCAUAAAUUGGAAGGGACAAGUUUUUUCGAAGAUGCGCAAUCACACAUUGACAAAUAGAAUGACUGGAGUGGGCAACACUCUGAAAAGACAUUAUGAGACUUACCUUUUAGAGUAUGAAUUGGCUCAUGAUGAUGUCGAUGGGGAAUGCUGUUUGUUGUGUCACAGUAGUGCAGCAGGUGACUGGGUAAACUGUGGAGUUUGUGAUGAGUGGGCACACUUUGGCUGUGAUAGGCGGCAGGGUCUUGGAGCCUUUAAGGAUUAUGCAAAAACAGAUGGGCUGGAGUACGUUUGUCCACACUGUAGCAUCUCAAAUUUCAAGAAGAAACCCCACAAAACUGUGAAUGGUUAUUGACAAACCUUUGACUCACUUUAGAUUCCAUUCUACACAACUUAGAAAUAUCUCUCUUUUAGUUUUAUUUUUCAAUCUUUUCGGCCUUUCUUCCUCAAAUAUUAUGCAUAAGAUAAAAGGCACGAUAUUAGGAAUGUAAUUAUUGUAUUGUAUGUAUUGCCCCCAUUGUUGUUCCCAUAUAUAGAUGAAGCCAUUACCCAGGCCCCCCAAUUUUCCCCCCAAUAUUUUGUAUUCUUCAAAACAGAGAUUAAGAAGAGUUAACUGUAGAAUAUGAUUUAAAUUAAAAAGCUAGUUUUCCCUACUAUAA